GUUGUUCGGUUCCCGCUCCUUACGUCAACUAACUAUAUCUCUAAACUCAAAAUUAAAGGAAUGAAACUUAUCCUUUUUAUUCAACUUCUUUUAAACCUUACGAAUUUGAAUUACUUUUACGAUCAAAGUCACCAUCUUCUCCAUUAAUUUUCCUUUUCUAACUAGCAUAUUGCUUGUGGCCAACCAUCAAUUUUCCAUGACCUUCGCUUUUCAUUUUCAUCACAACACAAGGUUCUCUGCUUUUGAAAACAAGAUAUGAAGUCACCUUCCCGAACUUUUUCUGUUGCUGAUUCAAAGAGUAGAAAAUCAUGUUUCUAUUACGUCUUCCCAGCAGCUACUUUAAUCUGUGCAGUUCUAUUUUUCAUGAGCUCGGCCUUCACACAAGAGCCGAAACUGUCAAGCUGGAAAAUGGAUGAAAAUCAGGAUGUUAAAGCUGAUAAAUGCAAGAACCAGUGCAGGCCUAGCGGAAGUGAGGCAUUACCUGAGGGCAUAGUCUCCGCCACUUCCAGUUUAGAUAUGCGACCUUUGUGGGAUCCUCCCAUUCCUAAGAAGAGGCAUCAUCCCGAUAUAGAAAUUAAGGUAAAUACAUCAUCCAAUCUGUUUGCAAUGGCAGUUGGGAUAAAACAAAAAGAUCUUGUGAACAAAAUGGUCAAAAAGUUUAUAGAAAGUGAUUUCUUGGUGAUGCUUUUCCACUAUGAUGGAGUUGUUGAUGAAUGGAAGGAUCUUGAGUGGAGUAGCAGGGUUAUUCAUGUGUCGGCACUCGAUCAAAGCAAAUGGUGGUUUGCAAAACGUUUCUUACACCCUGACGUAGUUGCAGAAUAUGAUUAUAUAUUCCUUUGGGAUGAGGACCUAGGUGUUGACCAUUUCCAUCCAAACAAGUACCUUUCUAUUAUCAAAGGUGAAGGGCUGGAGAUAUCACAACCAGCUCUAGAUCCUAAAAAUUCAGAAGUGCAUCAUCAGAUUACUGCACGUGGGAGGAGGACAAAAGUGCACAGAAGGACAUAUAAAGCUAGUAAUGAUGGCAAAGGCUGCGAUAAAAGCAGCACUGCUCCACCUUGUACAGGGUGGAUAGAAAUGAUGGCUCCUGUUUUCUCAAGAGCUGCGUGGCGUUGUGUUUGGUAUAUGAUUCAGAAUGACUUGAUCCAUGCGUGGGGCCUAGAUAUGCAGCUUGGCUACUGUUCUCAGGGUGAUCGAACAAAGAAUGUUGGUGUUGUGGAUGCUGAAUACAUUGUUCACUACAAUCGUCCCACUCUUGGAGGCAUAGAUAAAACUUCGGUUUCAUCCGAGGAAAAGGAUCAUAGAGUUGAUGUGAGGAGACUUUCUUACCAUGAAUUAGAUGUUUUUAGAAAACGUUGGGAAAAGGCAGUUCAGGAGGAUGAAUGUUGGGUGGAUCCAUUCCAAUAGCCAGAACGAGAUUAGAGUGGUAGUCAAAGUUUUAUGUAAAUUUUGCACAAAAAAGUAACAUGUCAUCUAUGUAAAUAGAAGUGCUACUGAUAGCUGCAACAACUGUUGAUAAUGGGAAGACUGAAAGUUUAGAGGAUCUCAAGCAAAACAUGACUCCUGGUGGAAUAGUUUUUUUCUUAACUAAGCUGGGUGCUUUCAGUGGGAAAUUUUCCUACCUUUGUUGGGUCAGCUUUGAUGGUAAAUAAAAAUAUGAUGAGAGGGUAGUUAGAAACAAGUGACUUAGACUCUUUAGACUGCUUUUCUUGAGUAAACAUCUUAGUCACUUUUUUUUUUUAAGUUUGAUUUGAGAAAAGCAAUUGAUGUCAAGUAAAUUUGAAGACAGUUGAUAAUUAUUGAUUUUAUUAACUUUUGAUUAUUCAUUUUA